AUGGAGUUACAGUUGCAAAAAGACUCUAAAAAAUCAUUGCAAAUCCAGAACAAAAAGUACAAUGAAGAAGCAGUAGUCAAGUUACGGCAUAGUGAACGAGAAAUGAGGAAUACACUAGAGAUUACUGCAAGCAUCCAGCGUUUAACAGAGCAAGAAGAGUAUUUGAACAUCCAAGUUAAGGAGCUUGAAGCUAAUGUACUUGCUACAGCCCCUGACAAAAAAAAGCAGAAAUUGCUAGAAGAAAAUGUUAAUGCCUUCAAAACAGAAUAUGAUGGUGUGGCUGAGAAAGCUGGUAAAGUAGAAGCUGAAGUGAAACGCUUACAUAAUAUCAUCGUAGAAAUCAAUAACCAUAAACUCAAGGCCCAACAAGACAAACUUGAUAAAAUAAAUAAGCAAUUAGAUGAAUGUGCUUCUGCUAUUACUAAAGCUCAAGUAGCAAUCAAGACUGCUGAUAGAAACCUUAAAAAGGCACAAGACUCUGUCUCUCGCACAGAGAAAGAAAUAAAAGAUACUAAGAAAGAAGUAGAUGACUUAACAGCAGAACUAAAAAGGAUUGACGAAAGAGCAACAGAAGUCAUAGAGAACACAAAUGCUGCAAAGGAAUCCUUACCGAAGAUCCAGAAAGAACAUCGUAAUCUACUUCAAGAACUAAAAGUUAUUCAAGAAAGUGAGCAUGCUCUUCAAAAAGAUGCACUUAGUAUUAAGUUGAAACUUGAACAGAUAGAUGGUCACAUUGCUGAACAUAAUUCAAAAAUAAAAUAUUGGCAAAAAGAGAUUUCAAAAAUAUCAUUGCAUCCCAUAGAAGAUAAUCCUGUUGAAGAGGUUUCAGUUCUAAACCCAGAGGAUCUCGAAGCAAUCAAGAAUCCAGAUUCUAUAACAAAUCAAAUUGCACUUUUGGAAGCUCAAUGUCAUGAAAUGAAACCAAACCUUGGUGCCAUUGCAGAGUAUAAAAAGAAGGAAGAAUUAUAUUUGCAACGAGUAGCAGAAUUGGACAAAAUUACUUCUGAGAGAGAUAAUUUUAGACAGGCAUAUGAAGAUCUUCGGAAACAAAGGCUUAAUGAAUUUAUGGCAGGGUUUUACAUAAUAACAAAUAAAUUAAAGGAAAAUUACCAAAUGCUUACCUUGGGAGGGGAUGCUGAACUGGAGCUUGUAGACAGUUUGGAUCCUUUCUCUGAAGGAAUCAUGUUCAGUGUUCGACCACCUAAGAAAAGUUGGAAGAAGAUCUUUAAUCUUUCAGGAGGAGAGAAAACACUUAGUUCAUUGGCUUUAGUAUUUGCUCUUCACCACUACAAACCUACUCCCCUUUACUUCAUGGAUGAGAUUGAUGCUGCCCUUGAUUUUAAAAAUGUGUCUAUUGUUGCAUUUUAUAUAUACGAACAAACAAAAAAUGCCCAGUUCAUAAUAAUUUCUCUUCGAAAUAAUAUGUUUGAGAUUUCAGAUAGACUUAUUGGAAUUUACAAGACAUACAAUAUAACAAAAAGUGUUGCAGUAAACCCAAAAGAAAUUGCAUCUAAAGGACUUUGUUGAGCUUUUGUACCGAAGACUCUUCGAAUUGAAUGGCAUAGAUUCUGUGUAUCAUAUUAUUGGUUUUUCUAUUUGUAAAAGAUGAUGACUUAUAUUAAAUACAUACUCCUAAACUGGAUCACAAAAUAAUAUUAAGAGUCAUUUUUAUAAAGCCUAAUAAAAUAUUCUCU